AUGAAGAUCGCAGCUCUCGCCGCCACUUUCGCCCUGGCCGUCGUCCCCAGCGUGUCCGCCUGGCGCGUGUACUUUUACCAGCUGAAGGAGGAAGAGGGUCCAUCUAUCACCAAUGCUGGACCUGGAAAUCCCGGGUUCAGGUGCCAUCCCAACGUCGACCCUCUCAACCAGAAGAUUUCCUCGAUGAGCCCCGGCUGCAAAGGCGACUUUGGAUAUUCGUUCUGCCGUAACCAGUUCGUCAACUUUGACGACAUUGGUCACGACAACGAUGUGAGCUCCUACUCGACCGACUGCUUCAGAAUUUGA